AUGGUUAAGUUGGCAGAAGAGGAUGAGAUGCGACAAUUGUGUAUAAAAGUUCGUAGUUUGCCAGCCUACUGCAUGAAUAUCAAAGAAUGCAUGAAUGUCGAAGUUGAAAUCGAUGGGAAGCCAUGGUACCAUGAUAUCAAGGCUUAUAUCAAAGAUGGUGAAUACUCGUCUGGAGCCACAAACAGUGAGAAGAAAUUCAUCAGGCACAUGGCGUGCCAAUUCUUCUUGAGUGGAGAAGUCCUGUAUAAGAGGAACCACGACACAACUUUGCUUCAAUGCAUAGAUGCCCCCGAGGCUAACCAUUUGAUAGAAGGGAUGCAUGAAGGCUUGCUUGGAGCCCAUGCAAGUGGACCCCUAUUGGCCCAAAAAAUUAUGAGAACCGUCUACUAUUAG